GCCUGAUCAAGUUAAUAUAAAAAGAGGACACCACGUAACUGUGUUGUUUAUCUCCUCUUUGUUAUUCACUUCAUCGUCAUCUUCUUCAUCUUCCUCUCCCAAAUAAGCUCCAUGGAAUUACUCUACUUCACCUACGACAAUAAUAUCUUCUCAUGUACUAACCAAACCUCUUGGUUCAACACCACCUUCUCUUAACCCUCUCCUCUCUACUAUAUCACCUUCUUCUUCUUCUUUUUUUUUUUCACUUGAGACUAAAGACGAAACCUAUAUAUAAUCCAAUGGAGGAAGAACGGAGAAUCUUGUUCGGAAAGUACGAGAUGGGAAGACUACUAGGCAAAGGAACCUUCGCUAAAGUCUACUACGGCAAAGAGAUAACAACCGGCGAGUGCGUCGCCAUCAAAGUCAUCAACAAGGAUCAAGUAAUGAAGAGACCAGGCAUGAUGGAACAAAUCAAACGAGAGAUCUCAAUCAUGAAGCUCGUUCGUCAUCCAAACAUCGUCGAGCUAAAAGAAGUCAUGGCUACGAAAACGAAGAUCUUCUUCGUCAUGGAGUUCGUUAGAGGCGGCGAGCUUUUCUGCAAAAUCUCCAAAGGUAAGCUUCACGAAGACGCUGCUCGCAGAUAUUUCCAGCAGUUAAUCUCAGCCGUUGAUUAUUGCCACAGCAGAGGCGUCUCUCAUCGCGAUCUGAAACCUGAGAACCUUCUCUUAGACGAGAACGGAGAUCUGAAAAUCUCGGAUUUCGGAUUGUCCGCUUUGCCUGAACAGAUCCUCCAAGACGGAUUGCUUCACACGCAGUGCGGAACUCCGGCGUACGUUGCGCCGGAGGUUUUAAGGAAGAAAGGUUACGACGGAGCCAAAGCUGAUAUAUGGUCAUGCGGCGUCGUUUUGUAUGUUCUCCUCGCCGGUUGUUUGCCGUUUCAAGACGAGAAUCUUAUGAACAUGUACCGGAAAAUCUUCAGAGCUGAUUUCGAGUUUCCGCCGUGGUUUUCGCCGGAAUCUAGGAGGUUGAUUUUGAAACUCCUCGUCGUAGAUCCAGAUCGACGGAUCUCGAUCCCGGCGAUUAUGAGAACCCCUUGGCUCCGUAAAAACUUCACCCCGCCGUUAGCUUUCAAAAUCGAAGAACCGAUCUGUUCUCAGAGCAGCAGCAACAACAGCGGAGGAGGAGACGAAGAAGAAGAAGACGGAGAUUGGGAAAAUCAAACAGAGCCGGUCUCGCCUAAAUUCUUCAACGCUUUCGAGUUCAUCUCCUCGAUGUCUUCCGGAUUCGAUCUGUCGAGCUUGUUCGAGAGCAAGAGGAAGGUUCAAUCGGUGUUCACGUCGCGGUCUUCGGCGACGGAGGUGAUGGAGAAGAUCGAAACGGUUACGAAGGAGAUGAACAUGAAAGUGAAGAUCACCAAGGAUUUCAAAGUGAAGAUGGAAGGUAAAACGGAAGGGAGAAAAGGAAGGCUUUCGAUGACGGCGGAAGUGUUCGAAGUAGCGCCGGAGAUAUCGGUGGUUGAGUUCUGCAAAUCGGCGGGAGAUACGUUGGAGUACGAUAGGUUAUACGAAGAACAAGUACGGCCGGCGUUAAACGACAUCGUCUGGUCUUGGCACGGCGAUAAUAACAACAACGCUUCUCCCAAAGAUUCUUGACCGGUUCUUGAGUUAACCGGUUUCCGGUUCUUGAGUUAACCGGUUUCCGGUUAUUGUAGUAUAAGAAGAAACUGUUACAUUGAACCUAAAAUUUUUCUUUGGUUUAAUAAAGUUUUGGUUUUUGUUGUCUUUACAUUAAAAUUAAUUUGGGAUUAUA